AUGUUUUUUUCAAAGGAAAGACAUCAGUGUGUGUUGUUUGCAACAAUUUUUUUUAUUAUCAUUUCAUUAUUACAAUUUUGUGAUGAUGUGGUAGUGCAUUGGGAGGGAAGUAAAUGUGUUUCGCGAAAUGUUAACGGAAGAAUCCUAUAUGAGGGUAAAAGUAGCACGCUAGCAAAGGAAAUACCCAAUUACAGUAGUAGAAGUUUUAAUAUUCCAAGUUUCGCUGAAAUAAAAGUGAAAGACCAUCAGGAUAAGAUUGAAGAAGAUGAGGAUCAUGAGGCAAAAUGGGGUAGUAGGGUAUUUUCAAGUGGGGAUGACUAUUACCAGAAUUGUGAUGAAACGGGUAAGAACACAAAUUUUUUUAAAAAAUUAUAUAGGUCGAUGAAAAAUCUUUUAGGAUUUGUUUCAUAUGACACGAAUUGGUGUUUAGAAUUUGAAGAAUUAAAAAAAUUCUAUGGAGAUUUGGCCUACAUGAUGCAAAACAAUAUGUCAGUUGACAAAACACAGGUUUGUCUGAUUGACACGGGGAUUGAUGUAAAGGAUAAGUUGAUAAGACACUUUUUGAAAGCAUACAAUGUAGGUUAUGAGGGAAGUGAUGAACCUGCAAAUCCAGAUGAACUUAUUGAGAAUAGCGAGUGGAACAGAUACAUUCAUGUGCAGGAUAUCUUGUCAUCGUCAUUUAGAAACGGAAAGGACAUUCAGUACGACGCAAUUAGCACAGAGAUGUGUAACUCAAGGAAUUAUUCCAACUGUGAAUCUAAGGAUGUGGAUGAUAUAGAUAACCAUGGAACUUUUUUAGCCAAUACAGUAAUUAGGGGCGAUUUAUUAAGAGAGAAGAAAGUGUAUAGAAAAACUACAGAACUUUUUAUAUGCAAAGCGUUUGGAGAUAAGAAAAAAUUGAAUUCACAUUUGGUUCCACUCGUCAAAUGUUUAGAAUAUUGUAGAGAUAGAAAUGUAAAAAUAAUUCACGUCAGUUACAAUGUGCAGGUGAAAAGUGAAAAAUUGAUACAAGUGAUGGAGGACUUAAGGAGGGCUAACAUUAUCGUGGUCUCUCCGUCUCAGCAGGUUUAUGACACCCCCUCGAUGAGACGUACAAUGGGGGAGUCAGAAGUAGCGGAAAGUGGGAAAUCAAACGUAGCGAAAAGUGGAAAAUCAGACGUAGGGGAAAGUUCAAAAUCAGACGUAGGGGAAAGUUCAAAAUCAGACGUAGGGGAAAGUUCAAAAUCAAACGUAGGGGAAAGUUCAAAAUCAGACGUAGGGGAAAGUUCAAAAUCAGACGUAGGGGAAAGUUCAAAAUCAGACGUAGGGGAAAGUUCAAAAUCAGACGUAGAGGAACACAGAGAAGAAUUUGAUGCAGGGAAAUUGUACCCAUCCUCGUUCGCUGGCAAUUUUGAAAACGUCUUUUCCGUUGGAGCUUUAAAAAAUCCUCCCAGGGGGGAAGGGCCAGUGGUAGAGAUAAAUACAAAUUCGUUUGAUAACCAGACAGAGCGAAAAAUUAGUCGAACGACAGGAAAUAUAACACAGGUACAAUCGUAUAACAAAGAAAAUACCACUUUGUUUAAUUUUGGAUAUAAUAAGAGAAGCAUAUUUCAGAAAUAUAGCUCACCGAUGAGAAAGGACGAACGAGGCUAUGCAUCGGCUAACUUUGUUAACACCCUUGUGGUUAUGCUUAAUAUAAAUCCAAAAUUAUCUAUGAGAGGAAUAAGGAAAAUUUUAAAAAAGUCCCUAGUUCAAAGAAGUGAACUAAAGGGAUUAUCUGCAUGGGGUGGUUAUGUUAAUCUCUUCAAAGUAAUUGAGGAUACAUUAAGAGAGAGGAAGAAAAUUUAUGAAACUUUUUUCCAAGAAUUGAAUACCGAUGAUGAUGAAAACGGCAGUGAUGAAGAAGAAGUAAAGACAAGUCAUAUAAAAGGAAGCGCACAGAAAUCUGCGCUUCAGAGAUUAGAGGAUGUGGAAGUACAUCUAGAGGACAGAACUGAAAGACAGCACAUUCAAGAGGAACGCAGUUAUGAUAACCUCAUAACGGAGAAGGUUAUUCUAAAUUUUGAUGAGGAGUUUAAUAAGGGGAAAAAAGAGACAGACGAAGAAGAGAAGGAGAGAAUAUUAGCUAGCACUUUGGAGGAACAAAAGUUCUUCACACCACUGGAUGAUGAAAAGGAAAAAAUUCAUACCGAUUCUGGAAAUAAACUGUUAAAUUUUUCGUAUGCAAACGAAGAGACAAUAGAAUUUGAAGGGGAAGAAGAACUGAUGAACUAUGACAUGGAUUCAUUUUUUAAAGAUGAGGAAGAAGUUGUUUUCCCUAAGGAGGAUGACUAUCCCAAUGAUAUCACACAUUAUAGUGAUUACAAUGAUGGAGAAUAUAUUUAUAACCUAGAUCAGUUAAAAAAAUAUAUUUAUAAAGAUGAGAGGGAAGGGAUUAUACAAGAUGAGUGGUCUAGACAUCGUCUUACUACCCCUUUGAGCUUCAUCUCCCUUUUGGAUACAUCACAUAAUGAUGAAACAAAUUUAACAUUUUCUAUGAAUGAAAAUGAAAAAAGUAAUAGGUUUGACGAGCAUUUCCCCCACCCUAAGCGUAGAAUCUAUGAGAAAAGUAGGUUUACAGAAGCACAGGAACAACAAGAUGUAAGAAAACUGAAUGGAGAAACCAGUGAUGAUAGUGACUAUGAUCAUACUGAUGUAGUUACUACCCAUAGGGAACAUGACAACGAGAAUGGAAAGGAAGAUUAUUACAAGAAUGGUACUUUAUACAACACUGAUAGGUUAUAUCGGAAUUUGUCAGAGGAUGUUCCAUCAGUGAAUUUGUUACACACGUACGAAGAUUUCCCACCUGCAGUGCUGCCCAGGUGGGAAAAAAGAGGUGAAGAAUCCCCUUGGGGAAGUGAGGAAGGAAUGCAUGAUUUUUUUACAACACUUGAUUCUGACAGGAGGGGUAACUACCGUGCUAACAGAAAGGAAGACCGACCAAGAAGGCAGGAGGGAGGACAUGAAAUGCAAGGGAGACCGCGUCGAUAUGAAACGCGAAGGAGACCACGUAGAGAUGUAAUAGGGAGAAGACCACAUGGUGAUGUAAUAGGGAAAAGACCACAUGGUGAUGUAAUAGGGAAAAGACCACAUGGUGAUGUAAUAGGGAAAAGACCACAUAGUGAUGUAAUAGGGAGAAGACCACGUAGAGAUGAACCCAAGAAGAAACAAGGACUAGAUAAGCAAAGUGUAGAAAUGCGAAAGAAAUCCACAUUGCCAAGUUCGAGGAGAUUAGUGAGGAGAGAAAGUGAGAGAAGUCAAAACAAUAGGGAAAAUGAAAAUUAUCGGCUUAAUAAUAUCAUAAAAGGGGAGAGAAACAAAAGACAUAGAAAUAUAUCCACAAGUGGGAGACCCGUGAGAACUGUUAUGCCAAGGAUUCCAAGAAGAAUCAUAGGAAAAAAGACUUAA